UUCCGCUCCAGAGCCUUUGGGUCGCGCUGUGAUGACGUUUUUGAAGUAAAGGCUGGAGGGGGCGAUGCCUUCCGGACGCUCUGCGGUAGCUGCUGCCCCCGGACCCACACACUUCAGGCAACAGAAGAACAAGAGGAGUGUGGAAGCCGAGAACAGGACCCAUUGUGCCACAGGGGAUAGCAGCUUCCAGGGCACAUCAUCUGGCCAUGACUCCCAAAGUGAAGCAUUCUCUGCCUCUUCCCGAAAGUUGGUGAAUGGUGGUCGUACAUCUAUCCGAAAGCCGACUUAUUGGUUGGAAAUGAGAGGGAUCAAAGCAACUUCUCAUCCCCAAGGUGAAGUUACAGGUGGAGUAUCAGGCAAAGGGAAGAGGAAGACUAGUGGAGAAGAAGAUGAAGAUUAUGAAGAAUUUCCUCAGAAGAAGCAGAAACUUUCUGGAAAGAAACAGCGGCCUAGAGCUCAGCAUGUUUCCAAAACCCAGAGCCGUUAUAUCCGAAAGGAUCCACCAAGUUAUCCAGCAGGCAGUGCGGAGGAGCAGUGGUAUCUGGAGAUCCUGGAUAAAGGCAGAGUUUCUUGUCCAACCUGUCGGGCAGUAGUCAGAAAGACAGUAGAGGGUUUAAAGAAGCACAUGGGAAACUGCAGACAGGAAAUGUAUACCUGUCACCACUGUGGGAAGCAACUUCGGUCAUUGGCAGGGAUGAAGUACCAUGUCAUGGCAGACCAUAAUAAUUUGCCCAUCCUGAAAGAUGGGGGAGAGCUAGAUGAGCCAAAUGAACGAGAGCGUCUGCGAAAGGUCCUGAAAAGGAUGGGGAAGCUCAAGUGCACACGGGAGAGUUGCUCUGGCAGCUUCACAAGCAUUAUGGGCUACUUGUAUCACAUCCGAAAAUGUGGCAAAGAAGCUGCAGAGCUGGAGAAAAUGACAUUGAAGUGUCACCAUUGUGGGAAGGCUUAUGGCUCAAAAGCUGGACUUAUGUAUCACCUGCGGUCAGAACAUGGACCUAUGCCCUUCUUUCCAGAGUCAGGCCGACCAGAGGGCUUAAGAGAGCUGAAUUUGGAGACUGGUACGGGGGGUCGUGUGCAGAGACGUUCAGCUAAGGUGGCUGUAUACUACCUGCAGGAGUUAGCCAAUGCUGAACUGGCUAAAGAGUGGCCUAAGAAGAAGGUGCUUCAGGACCUGGUUCCUGAUGACCGGAAGCUGAAAUAUACUCGUCCUGGACUACCUACCUUCAGCCAGGAAGUACUCUACAAAUGGAAAUCAGAAAUCAAGAUGUAUCAUCGUGUCCAUUGUCCUAACCAGGGCUGUGAAUCUGUCUACAGUAGUGUGUCUGGUCUCAAGGCUCACCUGGGCACUUGCACAUUGGGAGACUUUGUGGCUGGAAAAUAUAAGUGCCUCCUGUGUGAGAAGGAGUUUGUGUCAGAAAGUGGUGUCAAAUAUCACAUCAACUCUGUCCAUGCUGAGGAUUGGUUCAUGGUGAACACCACGACCACCAAAAGCUUUGAGAAGCUGAUGAAGAUGCAGCAUCAGCAGGAGGAGCAAAGGCGAUGGCAGCAGCAGCACAAGAAGAGGAUGUCUCCAAGGGCUGGUAGAAAACAGCGAGUGUCCGAGGCUGCGCCAAAGAAGAAAGAGUCAGGGCGACGGGGAGGGAAGGGUCUGGCGGGUUCAGCCUCUUGCGAGAAUGCUGAAGGAGAAGAGCUAGAACCAGAGCAAGUGCCCGUGCCAGUGUGUUUCCAGACAGUGAAGCUCUCAAAAACCAGCCAUAAACGUGGAAGGAAAUAACAGGCCAAUGAGAGAGUGUUUCUGUGUGAAGGGAUGAGGCCCUAUUGGCCCAGGGGCCCUGAAACUGGGGAGUUCUUUCAACUCCUUCCUUGUUAGUAAUUUUCUCAGUCAUUCCUACUCAUCCCCUUCCUCUUUGGACUUCUGGAUUUUGUCUGUCCAGAAGGCCGUUUCUCCCACUCUUUUGCAGCCUUAAGUUCCACUAUCAUCUUUACCAUGCGGAUGUCAUCUUCUUUCUCUCCACAAGAGUGGGAAACUCCUGACUGUUGGAGAUUUCCUCCUUAAAAUGAAGUGGUCCUAGUUAGAAUAUUAAUCGUUGAGGUUUGGGGUUUGGGAUCAGGAAAAUUUUUACUUGUCUUUCCUUCCCCAGCUCCUUUACCUGCUACUAAACCCCACCACCUAAUCUGUAAAACAAUCCAACAUUUCUUCACCACAUACAGUUUAUGAUAUUAUGCUUCAUAUAUAACUAGUCUAGAUGCCUCUGUUUGGGGCCAAGAUCUGUCAGGCAUUUCUUUCUGCUAGUCCAGUUGCCCCUUGUGGCGGCAUGACCUUGGUAGGGCAUGGUUAGAUGUAGGUAGCCCAGUUGAAUAUGGACUCGGAGUGAGUCAGAAGACUGGUCUUGCACUUUCGAUAUUACUGGGAGAUGCUUCUUGUACUGAAUUCAUAGUCAUGAAAGAAUAGGCUCAAGAGAAAUACAGGAAUAGCUGUAAAAUGCAUAGGGUAAAGCAAGCAUUACUGUCCAGCCUGAGCUUUCCUAAUGUGUGUGGGAUCAUAUCUGUCACUAAGAUCAGCUCUUAAAAGCUUGUUCUACACUUCCUUAGUUUUAAUUGUUAAGAGGUAUCUCACUAGGUAUACUUGGUGUACUGCUGUCCUAGUGAUGCCAUGUGUGUCAGCAGAUUAAAUGCACAUUCCCUUUCCUUGGGCUUCUGUUUAGCCACAAUGAACUUUAGUAGCCAUUUUCCACAGUCUAAGCCCUUACAUCUCCCUCCAGUCAUUGUGCUGCCUCUUCUCUGAAUUCUCCUUGGGUUAUUGCUCUUAAUUAAGCAGAGUGGUAACAAUGAGAGGGCCUUAUCUUGGGAGGCCCUUUUGUUUUAGCAUCCUGAGACUUCAGGAUGUAAAUAAGCACUUAGUCAGAGCUGGAAAAAUAAAAACAAUAAAAACAACUCUCAUCCUUAUCCUCUUGCAUACCCAGUCAUCCCUAUUAGGAUGUUUAUUUCUGAGACAGACUUUCUUUAGGAUUUCAAAUAUAUCAGCUUCUCUUUAUUCUUGGUCUCGCCACCUUCUUACUCCAAAAUGCAGGUCCCAUAAGCUUGUUCCCAUUUGUCUCAUGUGCUAGUACAUGAAGAACUGGAUCCCUGUCUGACACAUGUUGCAAAUAGUGGCAAGUGGCAAGGAUCAUGUUCAGAUUCUGGAAGACUGUAAUUCUUCCAGUAUGUUGUUCUCAAAAAAAAAAAAAAAAAAAUUGACAAAACAGGAGUUUGGAGAGAUGAUAUGAAGCUCUAUUGGUUCAUCUCACCUCAAAAUAGCACCUCACAAGAAGUCCUGUUUCUAAUAAGUGGGUAGUAAUGCCUGGCCUUUUUUUCUGCCAGGAGCAGCAGAUGAAAAGAAACUUCUAUAUUACUCUAUUCUUUGUUGCACGAUUAUGUCCUGAAAUCCAGGCUAUACAGUGAAUAGAGACUAAGAGGGGCGAUGGGAGAAUGAUAUAUACAUCCUAUAAAGUUACAAUUUGGGAUGUAGGUGGUAACAUUGAAGGAAAUAAACGUCCCUUUACUAGA